AGAAUUAUCCACUCUGUUUAGUUAAAGGACUAUCUGGGUGCAGUGUCAGUCUUCAACUAAACGUAGUUUAAACGAGUUUGCAAUGUCUGUAACUCCAAGCGAUGAUAAUGUGACCUCCAAAGUCAGAUGGACUGACGGCCCUGACGAGUGAAUGGGAACUCGAAGAAAGUUUAAAUAAGAAGCCAGGCAGAGCUGUGGGGCCAAGUGCUGGCGAUGGAGCACGGUGUAAGCUCCCAACGCAGUGAAAUGGAAACACUGGCCGUGCUGCAGCGUUCAAUCCACAGACUACAUUCGUUCUGCCCCGGAAGUGUUUUGAAAUGAUUGCAAGACAUUAUCAUCAGAAGCAUUUUAACCUAGAUUCGGAUUCUGGACCUGGUUUCGCUGCAGUGAUCUGACAGAGAGCGGCGUGACAGUAGGGAAAUGGAUUUGGAUUUAAUGAACAUGUGUGUCCUGGCAGGAGGCACGCUUGCCAUACCCAUUCUAGCUUUUGUAGCUUCCUUUCUACUGUGUCCUGCAGCACUCAUUAGAUUUUAUUACUGGUACUGGCGAACAACAUUAGGUAUGCAAGUUAAAAAUGCCGACUGUGGCAACUAUCGAUUCUGCUAUUCCUGCCGUGGGAAACCUGGCAGUAAAGCUUCUAUUUUGAUGUUGCAUGGAUUUUCAGCUCACAAGGACAUGUGGCUAUCUGUGGUGAAGUUUUUACCUAAGAACCUGCACCUGAUCUGCGUUGAUAUGCCAGGCCAUGAGGGCACAACACGUACUUGUGUGGACGAUUAUUCCAUAGAGGGACAAGUGAACAGGAUUCACCAGUUUGUUGAAUGCAUUGGGUUGAAUAGGAAACCAUUUCAUCUGAUCGGUACAUCGAUGGGUGGUAAUGUUGCUGGUGUAUAUGCUGCUCAGCACCCAACAGACAUCUGUGGCCUAACUCUCAUCUGUCCUGCAGGUCUGCGGUAUCCCAAUGAAAGCAAAUUUGUGAAAGAACUGAAGUCCUUAGAGGAAACAGGAGAUGUUAGUAGAGUCCCCCUAAUUCCGUCUACCCCCGAGGAGAUGGAAGAGAUGCUGAAGCUUUGUUCUUAUGUCCGCUUCAAAGUACCUCAGCAGAUUCUUCAGGGCCUUGUGGAUGUUCGACUGCCUCACAAUGACUUUUAUCGUGAAUUGUUUCUGGAAAUAGUUGGAGAAAACUCAAGACACACUUUGCAGGAAAACAUGAAAUUCAUCAGAGCUCCAACCCAGGUCAUUUGGGGAAAGCAGGACCAGGUACUGGAUGUUUCAGGAGCUGGAGUCCUUGCUGAUAAUAUUCCUGGCUGUAGAGUGGAUCUCUUGGAAAACUGUGGCCAUUCUGUGGUGAUGGAGCGGCCCCGUAAAAGUGCUAAAAUUAUCCUGGAGUUUUCAGCUUCCCUGCAAAACACAAGAUCAGAAAGCAAUAAGAAGUUAGCCUAACAUUUAUAAAUGGAAACUGUAUUGCUUUGGAUUGCAAAUAAAAUGUAAUGCUGUAGUAAUUCCCCAGGAAGCAAAAUGACUUGAAUGAAUGUUGAUGCCGCAAUUUCAUCUGUUAAGAGCAUUAAUAUUUGGUAGUGCUUUCAAAACACAUAAACACAAUUUUGAAAGACACAGAGUAUUGCCAGAAACUAUAUGCAUGCGGUAUAUAAAAAGGAACAUAAAUCUCAGAAAAAUGCUGUUCUUUGCCAGAUUUCCCACACUCGUUUGAUCUUCAUUUUGGCAGUCUAUAUUUCACCAUUUGAUGCAAAUAGCAAUGCAAUAUUUCCCAUUUUUCAGUUCAAGACCAGUUUCAUAAAAUUCACAAAUCAUUAGCAUAAUUUAUUAAAUAUGUAAUUUAGAAAUUUUUUUGAUUGCUUGGUUAUUUAAAUCUGUAGAAGGUGGUUUCAAAGCUUUUGUGGUUAGUAGUAACUUUUUCAACAAUGAUGUUGAAGGGAAGGUACAGUUGCUAUCAAUACUGUUUAAUGGAUAUUUUAAUGUCAUUUUGAUAGGAAUUUGCAUUUGAGUGGCUAUUUGUUUGUAACAAUGUAUUAUAAAAUUUCCUCUGAAACAAUUGCUAAACUUCACUACAGUAAUAAACAUCGUGAACACAAUGUUGCAUAAUAUCUGCUUUAACAUACGAUAAGCUGGGAAAUAACUAAUACAUUACACAAACUUUGUUAUUUAUUUGAGGUUUAACACAUUGGUUCAGUUUAGUAUUUUAUAAAUAAACCAGCCCUGGGCAAACAGAUUUCAUGAAGUCAGUGAAUCGAACAAUAAAAAUGUUCACUUAGGAUACACCUUCAGAAGUAGGAGUCUUUCAUAGUAAAUUUUAAUCUUACAAGUAAAUAUUUAUGUGAAGAAUAUUACCAAGAAGUAAGGUGCUACUUUAUCCACAAAUCUGCGUUAGUUCAUUGUUUAGACUUUUCCCUACCCUUGUGCUAUUUGGCUCAACUGAGAUGACUGUAGAUCUUUAAACAAAUUGGCGAAAGCUGUUUUCGGUGAUGAGUAAGGUAUCGUGGUUAUCAUUUCUUUAUUCUACCAAUGACUUAUGAAUUCUGUGAAUUCUAUUGCUAUUAUAAUAAAUAUAUGUAAAACAUUUGUGAUGCACCAAUAUUCCCAUGAUCAACAAUCACAUUUAAAUUGUAGAAACAAGUUUAAUUGUUUUAGCAGUCAAAUGCUGGAAUCCCAUGAGUGUUGAGAAAGGAAUAAUGCCUCAGCUGAAUUUGUCUACAAUUAUUUGGCAAAUUGCACUAACUCUUGAAUUCUUGGAUUAUGACUAUGAGCGUUGCACCUCAAAACAGGUUAGAACAGCAGCCCUCAUUGUGGUCCAUUUCAGCAACUGAUGUUGACGGGAAUUCAGUUCAUGGUACUGAAAUCUGCAGGAAAGAUCAAUAAGUAUGAGGAUGUUCUAAGUCAAAUGGGAAGUGUUAUAGUUUACUGGGAAUACUAAAAUGUUUAACUGAGAUUGAAAUGCUUUUGUUCAUGAAUAUUUUAAGUAAACAGUUUUUCCAUAAAAAACUAACUUUUCCUGAAAACUUUGGAAAUAUGUUAAUAUUAGCAUUGCUUUCUAAAACUGAGUUCUGUAAUAUCUUUUCAUCUCUGUGACCAAGGAAUGAAAGUAGAACUGUCAGAAAAAGUAGUUUCUUCCUUCUUCCUCUGACUCUCUGUCAUAAGCAUGUUGCUUUUGAAUGUGGUACAAUGGGUGGGUACACUUACAGUCUAUAAGAAUAUACAUCAUGGAAAAGAUUGUAUCCUAUGGAGUGACUUUCUAGAGCCAAUAUCUUUUUGCGUGAAUUGGGAAAGGUUUGUAUUUUGAAAAUUUGUCUUGCUUAUCCCGGGUUUGCUAAGUUGUACUAAGUUACUAAUUAUACACAAUGCAUUUCCAGUUCUUUGUUUAUUUAUUGUUUAUCUUUCUCAGCCUAAGUGCUAAUUUAAUAAAAUGAUUAAUAUCCUUUAAUUUUAGAACUUUUCUGAUUGAAAAUAUUAAAAUGAUGUAGCAUAAAUGAAUGGUCAGGGGCCACAGAAGUGAAGAACCCAGCCUUCCUAUUGUUAACUAUCCUGUUUAUUGCAGAUUUGUGAAUAAGGCAAAGGUAUAACUGGAAAAGAUAUCCAAUAGACUAUUUGAAGAAAAUCAGCUUGCUUACCGGAAUAAUCUGAUGGGGACGUAAUUGGUUAUUUUUCACAAGGUCAGGAUUUAUGAAUGAGAUUUCUUUGAAAAAUUUAUGUUCAGCCUUAUAAUUCAAUAUAUGUUGCAGAUGCUAGCAAGUGUUUAAGCUCCCUGACUGACAUUUGCAUUAUUUAGGUACAUGAGUAAAUAAUGCUGUACCUUAGAGUACAAGUUUGUUGAAACGAGGAAUGAAAAUAAUUUUUUUUUGAACUUCUUCCAUUUGAUUACAUCCAGUUAAUGUACAGGAAUAAUUUUAAAUAUGCAUGUUAUAGAACAAAAAUAAAAAUAAAUCUCC